AUGUCUGCCACCGAACCGGCAGCCAGUGUGGCCUCCGACGGCUUCGACCGGCGGCGCGAGCUGCAAGCGUUCGACGACACCAAGGCAGGCGUGAAGGGGCUCGUCGACGCCGGCGUAACAGCCAUCCCGGCCAUCUUCCGCCACGCCCCGGAGUCCCUGGAGGCGACCUCGUCCCCACCGCCCACCGACGUCGUGGCCGCCGGCAUCAUCAUCCCGGUCAUCGACCUCGCGGCCGCACCGCGAGGAGAGGUGGCCAACCAGAUGAAGCGCGCGGCCGAGACCGUGGGGUUCUUCCAGGUGACCAACCAUGGCGUGCCGCGGGAGCGCAUGGCCGGCGUGCUCGCCGGGGUGAGGCGGUUCAACGAGCAGCCAGCGGAGGUGAAACGCCGCUUCUACACCAGGGACACUGCGCGCAAGGUGAGGUUCAGCUCCAAUUACGACCUCUUCCAGUCGAAGGCCGCCAACUGGCGCGACACCCUCUUCUGCGAGCUGGCGCCGGACCCGCCGCGGCCUGAGGAGCUCCCCGAGGCUGUCAGGGACGUGAUGCUGGAGUACGGCGACGCGGCGACGAAGCUGGCGCUGUGGGUGUUGGAGCUGCUGUCGGAGUCCCUCGGGCUGGGCAGCGAUCACCUGCGCCAGAUGGGCUGCGCGCAGAGCCUGAACGUGGCGAGCCACUACUACCCGCCGUGCCCGGAGCCGCACCUCACCCUCGGCACCAGCAGGCACGCCGACGCCACCUUCGUCACCGUCCUCCUGCAGGACAUGGGCGGCCUGCAGGUGCUCCUCGACCGCAGGGGCUGGGUGGACGUCCCUCCCCUGCCCGGCGCUCUGAUCGUCAACAUCGGCGACUUUCUUCAGCUUGUCAGCAACGGCCGGUUCAGGAGCGUGGAGCACCGGGUCCUGGCGAACAAGAGCAGGGACACGCCCAGGGUAUCGGUGGCGUGCUUCUUCAACGCGGACACGAAGAGAUCUACGAGGCUUUAUGGGCCCAUCACGGAUGGCAGCGAUCCCCCGCUCUACAAGAGCGUCACAGCUAGAGAGUUCGUCGCGUACUCGUACAGCAAAGGUCUCGACGGUCGCCCGCUUGAGCACUUCCGGUUGGGGGCAGAAGAACAUUACUCCUAG